AUGGGAUUUCUUCAAGACGUCUUUCCAGGGAAAAUAUGUAGGCACAAGUUAUGUGGACGCCCGAAGGAAAAAAUUUAUGAACUUGACCCAGGGGAACAGGACUGUGGCGGCAUAAAAGGCGGGGUUUCUGCGUUUGAGUCGUUAUACUCGUGGGAUAGUAGCGAUGAGUACGAAUGCUGUGUGCGUUUUGAGGACGGCCUUCGUGAUGAGUUGAGAGUUCUAAUAGCUCUACAGAAGGAGCGAGACUUUGCUGCUUUAGUGGAGAAAGCAAAGAUUGCUCAAGAUGUGAAGCACUUGGAGCGCCAGAAUCGUAGUCCUAUUAAGAGAGCCAAGUUUGAUGGGUCAGUCCAAGCUGGAGAUUCUGUUGUUUCUACAAAAUCGCAGCCCUGUGCUGAUUAUGGGAGAUCUCAUUUGGGUGAGUGCUGGAAAAAAGAUUGGGGCAUGCUUCAGAUGUGGGCCUAUAGAUCAUCAGUGAGAAGUGGUCAGCCACUGAGAGGUCGUGGACAGGCUAGAGGUGGAAAUGGGUUUGGACGAGGUCAUGGAGUGCCAGGUAGAGGCAUGGGUAGUACGGAGGCGAGACAACCAGCCUUGGUUUAUGCUGCUCGCCACCGAGAGGAUGGUGACGCCUCAGACGUCAUAACCGGUACGUUCUUGAUCCAUAAUUCACCAUUUGUUGCUUUAAUUGAUAUUGGAUCUACGCAUUCGUAUGUUACGUGCACUGUGUCUGAGAAGUUGGGUAUUCAGUUUGAGAGCACUACUAAUGAAAUGAUGGUGUUGAGUCCACUAGGGCAGUUGGUUAGGGUGGAUAAGUUGUUCAAAGAAGUGCCCUUAGAAGUUCAAGGGGUCGUAUUUCCUGCAAAUUUGAUGGAACUGCCAUUCGAGGAUUUCAUAUUAUUUUAG